GCUUUGGGCCUCCCCUUUCGCCGCGACUGACGACCGAGCGCACGACGUGCGGUGACGUGAAGAGGCCCCGCGCGGCCGAGCUCGCCGCAGCCUUCCGGGGCUCGGGACUCCAAAAUGGCAGAGCGACUUUCUCCGGGCAAGACGGCAGAGCAGGUGUGCACCUUCCUCUUCAAAAAGCCGGGGGGGCGGAAAGGGGCGGCAGGCCGCAGAAAGCGCCGGGUGUGCGACCAGGAGCCCGGAGACAGCAACAGCAGCAGCGACGAAGGCAGCACCGUGGUUCGCCCGGAGAAGAAGCGGGCCGUCCACAAUCCGAUGAUACAGAAGACUCGUGGCAGUGGUAAACAGAAGGCGGCCUACGGCGACUUGAGCAGCGAGGAGGAGGAGGAGAACGAGCCCGAGAGUCUUGGCGUGGUGUACAAGUCCACCCGCUCAGCAAAACCCGUGGGACCGGAGGAUAUGGGGGCGACUGCUGUCUACGAGCUAGACACAGAGAAGGAGCGUGACGCACAAGCCAUCUUUGAGCGCAGCCAGAAGAUCCAGGAGGAGCUGAGGGGCAAGGAAGAUGACAAGAUCUAUCGGGGAAUCAAUAAUUAUCAGAAAUACAUGAAGCCCAAGGAUACGUCUAUGGGCAAUGCUUCCUCCGGGAUGGUGAGGAAGGGCCCCAUCCGAGCUCCCGAGCAUCUGCGUGCCACCGUGCGCUGGGAUUACCAGCCCGACAUUUGUAAGGACUACAAGGAGACUGGCUUUUGCGGCUUCGGAGACAGCUGCAAGUUCCUCCAUGACCGUUCAGAUUACAAACAUGGGUGGCAGAUCGAACGUGAGCUUGAUGAGGGUCGCUAUGGUGUCUAUGAGGACGAAAACUAUGAAGUGGGAAGCGAUGAUGAGGAAAUACCAUUCAAGUGUUUCAUCUGUCGCCAGACCUUCCAGAAUCCAGUUGUCACCAAGUGCAGGCAUUAUUUCUGCGAGAGCUGUGCGCUACAGCAUUUCCGCACCUCCCCUCGCUGCUAUGUCUGUGACCAGCAGACCAAUGGCGUCUUCAAUCCAGCGAAAGAAUUGAUUGCUAAAUUGGAGAAGCAUCGAGCUGCAGAAGAGGGUGGUGCUUCCGAUUUCCCAGAAGACCCCGAUGAGGGUCCAAUCCCCAUCACUUAGUUUUCCUAUUAUUCUCACACCUCAAAAUAAAUCCUUUUGUUGUUUGGAAA